GAGGAGGAGAAGGAGGAGGAGGAGAAGGGACCCCCGACCCGUGAGUGCGGCCGUCGAAGGGGAGCGGCGUUCCCCCCUCUCCUAUGGAGCGCACUGACCUGGCCGCCCGCCCGCCACUCGACGACACGCCAUGCCCAGGCCCGAGUGCGGCCGCCGCCGACAACUGCUGCUGCUGCCGCCGCCGCCGCUGCCGCCCGGCUGGGAGGAGGCCACUGACCAUGACGGCAAACGCUACUACAUCGACCACAACGCCAGGCAGACGAGCUGGGUGGACCCCCGCGACAGAUGGACCAAACCACUUUCAUUUGGUGAUUGUGUAGGAGAUGAAUUACCAUUGGGCUGGGAGGAAGCGUUUGAUGCACAAGUUGGAGUUUAUUACAUUGAUCACAAUACAAAGACAACACAGGUGGAGGAUCCUCGGGCUCAAUGGCGAAGAGAACAGGAACUAAUGUUAAAGGACUAUCUUGUAGUAGCUCAGGAUGCAUUAACCGCUCAGAAGGAAAUCUACCAAGUCAAGCAACAGAGAUUAGAAUUGGCCCAACAUGAAUACAAACAGCUAUAUGAUGUUUGGAAAGAUAAAUCUGGUUCCCAGACUAGCUUAUUCUCAGGCUCUUCGUCUAGUACUAAAUAUGAUCCAGACAUUCUCAAAGCAGAAAUUUCUACAACCAAAUCUAGGGUGAAAAAAUUGAAGAGAGAGCUGACUCAUAUGAGGCAUGAACUGCAGUACAAAGAGCAAGGAUUUGAAACUCUCAAAGCAAUUGACCUCAAAAUGUCAGGGGCUCAGGGAGGAUACAAACUUGAUGAAGCAAAGGCAAUUGUGAGUGAAAUGAAAACCAUCAAAAAGGCUAUUAGCUCAGGAGAGAAGGAGAAACGGGACCUAAUUCAGUCUCUGGCCAGAUUGAAAGAUGGUUUCCAACUUAAAACAGAGUUUCAAUCUGAUCUCUGGAACAGUGAUCCCUCAUUAGUAAAUUCAAACCAAUCUGUCAGCCGCCACUGCUCAGACGUUGGGUCCCAGACAGAUAUUUCGGGAGAUUUUGUUUGUGGCAGAAACACUAAAUUGGCUGAAAAGGUGAGACUCAGUCUACAGUAUGAAGAGUCAAAGAGAAGGAUUUCAGACAUAAAAAUUGAGCUAGCUAAACUCACUAGUGAGGCAUGGCCUGGAGUAUUGGAUGCAGAACAAGACAGGCUGAUACUGAUUAAUGAGAAAGAAGAACUAUUGAAGGAACUGCAGUUUAUAAACCCUCGCAAGUGGGUACCCAGUGAGGUGGAGCGACUGGAAAUGGAACGAAAGCAAUUGGCAGAAGACCUCCAGGUAGCAAGAGAUACACAAAGCAAGGCACUCACAGAAAGAUUAAAGAUGCACAGCAAGAGGAACUAUUUGUUGAGGGAGUUGGAAGAGGCAACACGGAUAGCAUCAACGUUACAUUCACAACUUCAAAGUCUUUCAACCAGCACUCUUUCACUAUCAUCAGGCAGCAGCAAAGGGUCACUGACGUCCAGCCACGGAUCUCUUGGUGCAUCCAGCAUGGGAUCUUCAAGUUCUAUUAGCUUUACUGACCUGUACUAUGAUCACCCGGAACAAACAGUAGACCUAGACUAUCAGUAUAAAUUGGAUAUCUUGCUACAGGAGGAUACCUCAAGCAAUAGACCUGCAAACUCUAUCACCACCAUACAUGAAAAUGAGGUGGUAAAUACUCGUAAUUAUUCCUCGCACACUGAUACUUAUGGAAAUCCAAAGAAGAUUCAUGCACGGAGAUUUUUAUCUGAGACUCCCAAGUCUCUGACUUCAUUGAGCCCAAGGUCGUCCUUAUCCUCCCUUUCGCCGCCUGGUUCUCCUGUGGUCAGAGACAUCCAUUUUUUGAUAUCUUCAGGGGAAUCUCUUUUGAGCCAUGCCAAUGCAGACUUUGAAGAUGCAGAGCUUCCUGAUGUAAUUGCUAAUUUUAGUUUGCACACUGCGAAUGAUGACCAGAUACCUUCAGAAUCUGUGCCUUCAGAAACAGUCUUUUUACCUUCUUUAAACUUGGAAACUGAAAACAAGUCUGAAGAUGGACCAUUUAAUUAUUCAUCAAACCUUAAGAGUGAAGAAACUGGAAUUUCUACCAAAUCUAAUGAAGCUAUAGAAGAUGCCAGCACACAAACAGAGGUGCCUGGACCAAUACUACAUCCCAAAAUUGCUUGUGUUUCAGCAGCAGUAUCAGACGAGUCCGUAGCAGGGGACAGUGGUGUAUAUGAAGCAGUCAAAAGAUCAUGUGAGACGGAGGAUGCACUUUUUGAUGAAGAAAUAGAGGCACUGGGUGCUACCAGACUCCAAAUAGCAAUGAAGUAUGAUGAUAGAAGCAAAAGAUUUGCAAUAUUUAUUAUUCAGUUAAAUAAUCCAGCAGCACUCAUAAUACCACAGAACCAGACAAUAUAUGUCCGAGUGGCUGUGCUUCCGAGCUCUGAAAAUGCAAGUUGUCUCUUCCGCACCAAGACUCUACUAGUUGCUGAAAGUGUGGCAUACAAUGAGGUCUUUUGGGUCACCAUUUCCUUUUCUGCAUUGCGUCAAAAGACACUGCGAGUUGACGUUUGUUCUGUGGAUAAAUCUCACCGGGAAGAGUGUUUGGGCGGGGCUCAAAUCAGCUUGGCGAAUGUGAAUAGAUCUGGGGACAGAUCAAUGCACUGGUACAACCUCCUGAGUAGCCCUUAUCUCCAAGAGCAAAACAUAAGGCACUGUGCUCAAGAUGAAGCUGUUCUUCAAUCAGAAGUUAAUCACAAUACAUCAGAACAGAAAGAUUCCAUAUCUACACUUCUGGAACAAACAGCUGCCGAGUUGGAAACAGUUGAACGAAGACUAGAAAGCCACAGAAAUAUAUUGAGUGCGGAAGAGGAAUGGCAUGAAGUUCCAGCAGAGGGAGGUGACUUUGGUGAAAGAGAAAUAGCUGAGGAUGAAGACCAGGAUGUGUACAUUGGAGUUCCAUGGGAAAACGAACAUGAUGCUGAGACUCCCAAUGAACAUACUGAUAGCUGGUCGACUGUCACAGCGGUCGCUGCGAUGAAGAUUGAUAAAGAGACCAGUACAGAGGAGAUUGUGGCAACAACUUCUGCAGUGCGUCCAAAGGAUAGAAGAGUUUCUAACACUCAGCAGAGCCCAUUUGUGAGAGGCAGUGCUAUUAUUCGUUCCAAAACGUUCUCUCCGGGCGCACAGAAUUCCUACGUGUGCAGGUUAAAUCGAAGUGAUAGCGACAGCUCAACAUUGUCAAAGAGAUCCCCCUUUGUUCGUAAUGCCAUGGAAAGGCGUAGUUUGCGAAUGAAAAUGCCUUCAAUCAGAAGAGUGGGAUCAGAAAGAGUGAUACGAACCUCUUUAGAUUUGGAGUUGGACCUUCAGGCUUCAAGAACCAGAAAAAACAGAUUAUCUCAGGAACUGGAUAUCUUGCGGGAUUUGAAACAGCAAAUUGACGAGGCCAAAGCCAGAGGAGAGACAGAGCUGCCUCAAUCGGUUAAGGAGGAUGAACGAUUUCAAACCCUGCUGAAGCAAAUUGAAAAACAGGCGGAGCAAACAAAAGAACAGCAGAAACAGGAGAUUAAAGUUCAACGGCUAAUGAAGAAAACAUCUAAAGAAGUACACAAGUUACGAGAACAGAGUCAGAAAGAGCCCCUGGAGAUGCAGUCGUUCUGGGAGAAGAUGGCAUUUUUCACACGAGGAAGGGGAAGUUUCCUCCCAUUGCCUGCUGAUGAUGUGUGAUCGUCUUUUUUUUAAAGUAUUUGAAUUUCUUGCAGUAAUCACCUGAGUUCUGCUGAAUUCUUAACACUACUUUACUGAUGAUUCUUUUUGUGCAUUAUGAAAGUACAGAUAUAUUUUGUAAAUUUUAGAAAUCAACGCAGUCUUUGCAUUGUUUGAAUGUAUACAAAAUCUACAUUUUGAUUAUAUGUUGAACUUCUACAGAGAGAAUGUAGCAUACUUUGAUGUUAAAACUAAUUUGUACAGUU